AUGGGGGUGAACAUCGACUCGUAUGAUGACGACCAUGUGACUGCAUUACAAAUAGCGGCUUUCAACGGAAAUAAUGCUAUGGUAACCUAUCUCCUCGAUGAAGGAGCUGAUCUUGAAGCCUGUAAUCAAGUUGGUAUGACCCCGUUUCAUCACGCGUGCCGUGAAGGUCGAAUGACCGUCGUCGAGACGUUGCUUCAACGUGGAGCCGAUAUACACCGAACAACGUAG